AUGGCGGGCAAAGGCGACUCCGCGCGACCACAUCACACAAAAACGACCAAAUCUAAAGGUUUAAAAAAUGUUUCAGCUGCUGAGAACAAGUCUUCAUUGCAAGCUGAGGCUCCUGAAAGUAGCACGAACGAGCUGGCUAAGCCUGCGGUUUUGAAGACCAAGUUUUGUCUUAAUUGCCAAAAGGACCUGACACGUAAUAUUCGCAUCACAUGCGCUGAAUGCAAAUCGCGACCGCCUAUUGAACUCUGUAUUGAAUGUUUUGCAGUCGGUAUCGAAUUGGGUGAUCAUAAGAAGACUCACAAGUAUAUGGUCUCUGACUGUUUGGCCUUUCCAAUUGUGUACGAACCCAAUCCGACCGACAGUGUGUCGUCCACAUUUGUAGCUGUUGGUACAAAUGCUGCAGCGUUUCCAACUGCUAACAACGAUGUUUGUAGUAAUGUGUGGAUGGCAGAUGAGGAGCUCUUGCUACUUGAAGGUAUCGAGAUGUUUGGUAUGGGUAACUGGAAAGAUAUUGCAGAACAUGUUGUGACUAAGAGCGAAAAGAAAUGUGAGCACCAUUAUCUCACGACCUACUUGGGCUGGAAGGAUCUCAUGCCUCGUUUUAUUGGAGAUGAUAUCGAGGAGAGUAAGGAGACAGAUCCGGAUAAAACACGAACAAACACAGAGACUAAGCCAGCCGAAAUAAAUACCAAUACAGAGAAUGGAGUGAAAAAUUUGCCAGGCGAGAAAGGUGGUCCUUGUCAAUUGGCAGGAUACAUGCCGUUGCGUGGAGACUUUGAUGUUGAAUACGACAAUGAAGCAGAGAUGAUUUUGGCAGAUAUGGAGUUCUCAGAUACAGAUCACCCUACUGAACGCGAAUUAAAGCUCAAAGUCAUUCAGAUUUACAAUCAAAAAUUGGAAAAGCGCAAUGAGCGCAAAAAUUUUGUGGUGGAGCGUGGACUUUUAGAUUAUAAACUGCAUCAACACACGGAAAGGAAACGAGCAAAAGAAGAACGCGAGUUAAUAGCUCAGCUUCGGCCUUUUGCACGCUUCCAAACACCAGAAGAGCACGAUAAUUUUGUAGAGGGAUUGAUCACAGCAAUGCGACUCAAGAAACAGAUUUUAGUCUUGCAAGAGUAUCGUAAAAAUGGUGUGAAAACACUAGCUGAGGCCGAAGUGUACGAUGCCGAGAAGAAGAAGCGUGAACUUGAUCAGGCGAUGCAAAAGCAACGCGAUAGUGCCUCUUAUUUAUAUGAGUCGGGUCGUACAAAUUCAAGCCGCGAUCGUGCUAAUAGGUGGCAGAAUCGAGAUCACAGUACGAGUAGUGAAGCAGGUGGGGAUAGCACAAAGUCUAGGAGAUCCAGUGCGAGUGGAAUCAAUGCGAUUGCAGCAUCCUUUUCCAUCGAGGGUACACCAGGAUGCCAUUUGCUGACUCCAAAGGAAAAAGAAUUAUGCGGCAAGCUCAAGUUGCUACCUAAGCAUUAUCUAGUUAUCAAGGAUGCGCUUGUUCGUGAGUGCUACCGCUUGGGUUAUUUAACCAAAAAGAUGGCCAAAGAGACAGUCCAGAUAGAUGUUAACAAGACUGGCCAAAUCUACGAUUUUUUCGUCAAAUGUGGGUGGGUCAAGUCAGAGAACGCAACUCCAACAGUCUCAUCUUCUCUGCAAUCUAAAAGUCCUUACGAGGCUAAAAAGCCUGCCGUUGACCCAAGUACAUGUGAAUCUAUGAUGAUGGAACAAUCAGUAACACCAGCGAAACGCAAAGCAGCGGAGAUGCAAGCUAGUGUGAAGUUGUGA